CGCACCAUGCCGGAGCUGGCGUCGAAGGGCGCCGCCAUUUCCAAGAAGGGCUUUAAGAAAGCCGUUACCAAGACUCAGAAGAAAGAGGGCAAGAAGCGCAAGCGCAGCCGCAAGGAGAGCUACUCGAUUUACAUCUACAAGGUGCUCAAGCAGGUGCACCCCGACACCGGCAUCUCGUCCAAGGCCAUGAGCAUCAUGAACUCGUUCGUGAACGACAUUUUUGAACGCAUCGCGGGCGAGGCGUCGCGCCUGGCGCACUACAACAAGCGCUCCACCAUAACCUCUCGCGAGAUCCAAACGGCUGUGCGCCUGCUGCUGCCCGGCGAGCUGGCCAAGCACGCCGUGUCCGAGGGCACCAAGGCCGUCACCAAGUACACCAGCUCCAAGUAAACAAGUAGGAAGGAUUAAACACAAAGGCUCUUUUAAGA